AUGCUGGGCCCCUCCCCCGUCGAUGCCCCACAGCAUGUACUGCAACUCCUUAAGGAACUUCAUCAGAAAUCCUUGGAGCAGGAAGCCCUCAUUUCAAAGAAAGGAAAGGUUUUCUCAGCAGAUGUUCUGGGCGAUCUGAAAGAUCAGCAACCCGCUACCGACCCGAAAGAGGAAUUUGACCGCCUCAUGCUCGACAAGUUCAUCGCUCUGGACGAGGAUAAAUGCCAGUUCACCUAUCAGUUGAUCAACUCCAUGGGAGCCACCAAUAUCGUCGAAGCGGGAACCAGCUUUGGUGUCAGCACCAUAUAUCUUGCUCUUGCUGUUGCCAAAACGAGAGCCCUUACCGGGAAGUCCGGAACCGUGAUUGCAACGGAGAAAGAGCCGGAGAAGGCAGAGAUUGCGCGGAAUUACUGGGCGCAAUGUGGUCCCGAAGUUGAGCAGCAGAUUGAUCUGAGGGAGGGUGACCUGCUUGAGACCCUGAAAGAUGCACUACCACAGAUCGACCUCCUUCUGCUCGACAUCUGGUCCCCGCUUGCUCUCCCGACACUCAAGAGUGUUUUGCCUCGUUUUCGCCCAGGCGCAGUUGUGCUUACUGACAACACGAUUUCGGGUGCUAAGGGCUACGCAGACCUACUAGCAUUUCUGCGAAACCCUGAGAAUGAGUUCCAAAACAUGACUUUGCCUUUCACCAAUGGAUUUGAGAUGACCCACGGCGUCAUUUUGGAGCGGCUUCGUCACCGCAAGGCCGGGCUUUGCGAAACAACAUUUGCCGAAGAUGGCUCGUUGGCUGUUCCGCAAUUUUUAGCCGGGUAUAGAGUGAAAAUUUUCACCUCCACCUUUGGAUCGCUUCCAGGUAAGUUCGAGCCAUCAGCUGCUGCACAAACAUUGUUGCUGCUUAUGGCAAUGGCAACAUGGGGAAACUCCAAGGCCAUUUACAACGAGUCCGUGGGUCUGCAAAAUACUUUAACGAACCUAGUUCGCGAUGAAGGAUUUUUGAAAAUGCAGACCUAG